AGUUCGGUGAAGGGUCGGUCCGGGUGUUCCUUCUGCGGAUCCCGUGGAGUUUUCUGUGUUGCGACAUUGUUGUGGAUCCAGAAACUGCUUCAGGAUGCCGGUAUCACGUUUUGCCAGUCGGUUUCGGAAAGACUUGAGCACUGAGAUGAUUAGAACCAACUUGGCUCAUAGAAAGUCUUUGUCUCAGAAGGAGAGCAGACACAGGGUGUAUGAGAGAAACAGACACUUCGGUUUGAAGGACGUCAACGUGCCACUGGAAGGGCGAGACCUUGGUAAUAUAUACGAGACAUCGCAAGACCUCGCUCCAGAGGCCAGCUCCAAAACAAGGUCAGUAAAAAUGGUUCUGAGUGACCAACGGAAGCAGCUCCUACAGAAAUACAAAGAAGAAAAACAGCUUCAAAAACUGAAAGAACAGCGAGAGAAAGCAAAACGUGGAGUGUUCAAAGUGGGUCUCUAUAGGCCUGCUGCGCCCGGCUUUCUUGUCACAGACCAGAGGGGCACAAAAGCUGAGCCAGAAAAGGCUUUUCCAUAUACUGGACGGAUUACAAGAUCAAAGGCCAAAGAACAUAUGGAGCAGACUAAGAUUGGUAGCAGGAAUGUUCCUAAAGCAACCCAGUGUGACCAAAGACAAAUUUCUGAAAAAAAAACAUUAGACAGAGAGAAAAAAGUUACGCAGCCUGUGCUGUCCACGUCAGGGAAAGGGACUGAAUCAGCGGCUACUCAGAGGGCCAAGCAGAUGGCCCGAACAGUGUCAUCGACUACAAGAAAGCCAGUCACAAGAGCCACUAAUGAGAAAGAAUCAGAAAGAACGGGACCAAGUGGAAGGAGACCUGCCAAAAAAGCAGAAGGCAAGCCGGACAAGGUCAUUCCUUCCAAAGUUGAGUGGGACAAAAAGCGUUUGGAUUCGCAGACCAGGGAGACAAGUGAAAUGGAUCCGAGCGGAGUCUUCCAAGAAGUGGAACGCUUGCCUGCGACAGCCCCUGCACAAGGGAAAGAAAGGAAGUCCUUUGCCCCCAAGCACUGUGUCUUCCAGCCCCCGUGUGGUCUGAAGACCUACCAGGUGGCUCCCCUGAGCCCUAGAAGUGCCAACGCUUUCCUGACACCCAGUUGUGAUUGGAACCGGUUAAGACCAGAAGUCACUACAACUCAAGACAAAGCAAAUGAAAUCUUGGUACAGCAAGAAUUGGAUUCGCUAACAGACUGUAGUAAAGAAAGUGGCUUAAAUCAGGACGCUUCUACUUCAAAUUCAAAUCACAUUUCGGUGAAAGGAGUCCCAUCCUCUGAAGUGAGUGAAGGCCAGACACCUCAGCCCCAGCGUGAUGUGCCAUACUUCAGGAAAAUCCUCCAAUCAGAAACUGACAAGCUGACCUCGCACUGCCUGGAGUGGGAGGGGAAGCUGGAGCUGGACAUCCCUGAUGAUGCUAAAGAUCUUAUCCGUACAACGGUUGGUCAAACAAGACUCCUUAUCAAGGAGAGAUUCAGACAGUUUGAAGGACUGGUGGACAACUGCGAGUAUAAACGGGGUGAAAAGGAGACGACCUGCACAGAUCUGGAUGGAUUCUGGGACAUGGUCAGUUUUCAGGUCGAUGAUGUGAACAAGAAGUUCAACAACCUGAUCAAACUUGAGGCGUCAGGAUGGAAAGACAGCAAUAAUCCAGGCAAAAAAGUCCUCCGGAAAAAAAUUGUGCCCGGUAGAACAAGUAAAGCAAAGCAGGAUGAAGACGGACGAGCGGCAGCUAGGAGUCGCCUCGCCGCCAUAAAGAAUGCAAUGAAAGACAGGCUGCGGCAGGAAGUGCAGGCCCAUGCAGCAGCUCCUGAGUCAGCAAAGGAAGUUGAAAAAAUAGUGUUCGAUGCUGGGUUUUUCAGAAUCGAGAGCCCUGUGAAGUCUUUCUCAGUACUGCCUUGUGAACGUCGUUCUCAAAGAUUCGGAACACCUCUGUCUGCCAGCAAAGUUGUGCCUGCAGGCAGGACUGCUGGGGACCUUCUGAGACAGAAGACGCCACUGAAGAAGCCAGACCCUCAGAGCAGCAAGAGUGAGCGUGCUGAUGGGACGUUUUCAGAUGGCCUUGAAAGCAGGUGCCAUGUAGAAGAUGCCCUGUGUCCUGGAGAACAAGAUUCAAGUGACAUAGAGCAUGAUGUAAAUAAAAUAAAUGCCAAGAUGGAUUGUUUCUCUGUUGAAACGUAUUUGCCUCUUCCUGCUGGUGAUGCUAAUACCAAUCAAAAAGAAGCAAUCUCAGCCGUGGAAGGAGUGAGUUCUGCAGUCACCUCCCAGGAUGUGCUGAUGAGCAACCCUGAGACAAGUACCUCCUCACAGAGCAACACCUCACAAGAAGAAGCUGAGGCAUCCCAGUCAGUGCCAUUAUAUAAAAGGCUCACUUCUGAAUGCCACCUUCUUGGUCCACCAGGCCUCAGCUGCACCAGCGCCUGCACUCAGGAGGAGCCCAGACAGCCAGAUCGUGGCAGACAGUUCUCCUUUGGGGGGGACCUCAUUGUCUUCUCACCUGCAAGACCCUGAAGAGAACACCAGGAGGGCUUUUAAUUUAAAAUAACUGCAAACAUUCUUUUCUUCGCAUUGUUAAUUC